AUGGACACCAGAGCGAUCAUGAAAGCCACCGGCUUUGUUGUCCUCACGCUGGUCAGUAUCCCAAGCAACUUGAUCAUUUUCUGUGCCUUCCUGCACACCCAACUGGCAGAUGGGAAGCUGAUGCCUGCUGACGUUAUCUUGUGCCACCUCGUCUGGGCUAAUCUGAUGGUAGCGUUUUCUCGGAGUAUCCCACAGACACUCUCAGCCUUCGGUAACAAGAACCUCUUUGAUGACAUUGGCUGCAAAAUUGUAAUCUUCUGGUUCCGUGUUUUCCGAGGUCUCUCCAUAAGCCUGACCUGUCUGCUGAGCACGUACCAAGCAGUUGUCAUUGCUCCUGCCACAUCCAAGCUGGCUCUACUCAAACUCAAAUUGCCCCAGUACCUGCUAUUGUUGCUUUUCCUUCUCUACCUGUUUUGUGGGGUGACCAGUGUGAACCCAAUAAUAUUCACAGUGGCUUACCUCAUCAAUAACACAAUUCCUCCUUACACCUUCAACUUGGAGUUCUGUUUCACGCCAUACCCCGACUACCCAACCUUCAUCGGACAAGGCUUCACCAACUUCCUGCGUGAUUUCAUAUUUAUAGUGCUGAUGGCAGUCAUGAGCGCCUACAUCCUGAUACUCCUCUAUCGCCACAGCCAAAAGGUAAAGCACAUUCGAAGCUCAGACCGUGGCCAAUCAGGAGCCAGAGCAGAAACCCGGGCCUCCCAGGUUGUGGUCACUUUGGUGACACUCUAUGUCAUCUUCUUUGGAGUUGACAAUGCUAUUUGGCUCUAUUCUCUGUCAACGGUGAGGGUGGCGGCCCUGUUGUCUGAUAUCCGUAUCUUCUUUGCCACCCUGUAUACCUCAGUGUGCCCAAUUGUGAUCCUCCUCACCAACCCUAAAGUGAAAUCCAAACUGAGACCUGUCAGAGCUGCACAAGAUGGCCAGUUAAAGGAGGCCUCCAUGUCAAACACAUGA